AUGGAUUAUACGAUGCUUUGUUAUCGCGAUUUGUCUCUUGAUAGCUUUGAUGAGGUGGAGACAUUACAAAACUCUCAGUCUAUUCUCGAAGUUGAUGAAGUGUCUAGUAUGACCGAAGAACGGAUAAAUCGUAAAUAUUGUGGUUCCUCCAUAUGUCGAUUUAUAUUUCCAUUUAUCAUAAGGGAACAAGAAUCAAAGGCACGGGAACACUUGAGAAACAUAAUUAGUUUUGCCCAACGAACCAAUCGAGUAAUAAUCUUACCUAAUGUUGGUAAUGCAAGACUGGGUGGAUGUAUGUCUUUUUCGUUUGAUUAUUAUUACUCUAUCGAAUCGCUUCGACGAAGUUCUCCGAAAACCGUGUUUAUCACGCAGGAUCAAUUCCAAUCGUGGAACCAGGAGAUGAGCGAGAUUAGAGCUAGAAGACCCACUGCAAAAGUUGUCUUACUAAGUAGUCAGAAGUCUGAGCAAAACCAAGUUGCAUCGGAACAGCUUGAUAUCAAGAGACUAAAGAAACGGUUCUGCUUGCAACCAUUUGACUAUCUGAAAUAUCACGACGAAGAUGAACAAAUCGCUACGGCUCUUAGUUUAAUGACGAGUCGCGAGUCCGUUUGGUCCAAAUCAGCCGCUUGGCGGGCUCAAGUCGCACAAUUUAUCAUCGAUAAUCUUCUAUCUGUUGAAUCGGAUGUCUUGUUGCUAUACUAUAACCUCAGAUAUUCUUGUCUUCGUGAUCUGCCUGCUCCAGUUGAAUAUGCUGAUCAUCUAGUCGAGCGGGCAAAGGCCGCAGCAGCUUCCCUGCAUCCAUAUGUGGCUAUUCAUUGGCGGAUGGAGAAAGUCGACUCAACUAAGCUGCCUGAAUGUAGCUAUGAUCUCGUAAAUUAUAUCCAGCAGCUUAAGAAAAAGAAUGGAAUAAGUAACGUAUAUAUCGCUACCGAUUUCCCGAUUGAUGGCGGCGUUCUGCAUUCAGGGACAUUUAGAAAAUUUACUGAUAAUCAUCAUAAAGCGGCAGAAAUACUCAAAAGCAAUAUAGACUUCCGUACUUGGAUGCAUUUUGAAGCUUCUCUUCCCCAUUUGAAUGAUACAAAGUUUUUAGCAAGAGGCAAACGCAUUCCUGUUAAGAAUAAUGGAUCGGGGGUAUUGGGAAUUUUAGAUAAGAUAAUUCUGACAAACGCUGAUUGGUUUGUAAGUGGUCCAGCUGAAUGUAGUAAGAAAACUAGUUCUUAUACUACACAGGUUGCAGCAGAAAGACUUGCAAUCGUAAGAAAGAAAUCUGCUAGUGGGUUUGAGGCAUUAAAGAGGAUCCAAGAAGACCCCAAAUUUCAAUGGCCAUUCGUUGUUCAUGAAUGGGGAUUGAUAGACCAUCAAGAGUUGGAUCAUAUUCCAGAUGAUGACCAGAGACGUUAA